CAUUAAAACCGCCAGGUUUGUCUCCUCUAUGAUUCCGUAGUAUUGGAUUCCAUAGAGACGGGCAAGCAUAUUUUUUGUUGUUGCCAGAUAGCUAACAAGCUAUACCUCAUAGAAGAAGCUAACCAAUCUAACACCCAAGAUAAGGAUCCAGAAGACUUCCUUGUGUGAUUGAGUGCCACAACACGAACAAACGAUGUCCUUUAGAGACUUACGAAAUUUCACAGAAAUGAUGCGGGCUCUGGGCUAUCCUCGCUUGAUAUCCAUGGAGAACUUCAGGACCCCCAACUUUACCCUGGUGGCAGAAAUUCUCAUUUGGCUUGUGAAAAGAUAUGAACCGCAAAUGGACAUACCGAGUGACGUGGACACGGAGACAGACAGGAUUUUCUUCAUAAAGGCAGUGGCCCAAUUUAUGGCAACAAAGGCUCACAUCAAGGUGAACACAAAGCGUCUGUACCAGGCUGAUGGCUACGCUGUGAAAGAGAUGUUGAAGAUCACCUCAGUGCUGUACAGUGCCAUGAAGACCAAGGAGAUGGCCUCAGGGGACAAAGUGGAGGAGGACAAUAGCAAAUUCAAGUUUGACUUGGGUUCCAAGAUUGCAGACCUGAAGGCAGCGAGGCAGCUGGCCUCGGAGAUCACGUCUAAAGGAGCGUCGCUUUACGACCUGCUGGGGAAGGAGGUGGACCUGAGGGAGAUGAGAACUGCUGCCAUCUCCAGACCCUUGGAGAUCAAUGAGACAGAGAAGGCCCUCAGAGCAGCCAUCAAGGAAGUUUUGGAAAGCGUGGAUAAAACCAAAGACAUGCUGAACAACGUGUCCUCAGAUGAGACCAGUCUGGAAUCCAAAAUGGAGAAGAAGAAACAGGAGCUGGAGAGGAAUCAGAAGAGACUCCAGACUCUACAGAGUGUACGGCCAGCAUUCAUGGAUGAGUAUGAAAAGAUUGAGGAGGACCUGCAGAAGCAGUACGAGACCUACGUGGAGAAGUUCCGUAACCUGAGCUUCCUGGAGCAGCAGCUGGAGGACUACCAUAGACUGGAGCAGGAUAGGUUUGAGGAGACUGAGAACACCCUUAGGAUGAUGCAGCACAAACUGAGGGAGGAGGAGAGGAGGCUGAUGAGGAGUGGAGCCAAAGACGAGGACUCCGAUAUGGACAUCCCUGAGGACGAGGGUUCAGACAGUGAUAUGGAGGAUCGCAGACCCUCUAAACCCCGUCCCACCAGAAAUGGCCCUAUGACAGGGAGAGGCGGAGCGCGGCUCGUCGGCAACAUGCAGGGUGGAGACAGCGAGGAGACAGAGGACAGCGAAAUAGACGUGGACGAGGAUGAUGAUGACGAUGAGGAAGGUGAGGAGGAGAAUGAGGAUCUGGAGGACGACAACGACAGUCUAGAUGUCCCGGCGCCCAAGCCAUCCCGUCCCUCCAGGGGACCCUUGAGGCCCCAGCUAUUAGAGGAGAGCGAUAACGACUUUUAAGCUGACACACACACACACAUCCACCCACACUGUAUUACAGCUCGUGAGCACUGAGGACAAACAAAACACUUUAUUCCAUAUAACCUAAUAAUGUAAUCAUAUAAUAAACACUGUCCAAUCUGA